CCUAAAGAAGUGGCUGACAUCUUUAACGCCCCUAGUGAUGAUGAAGACUUUGUCGGUUUCGGAGAUGACGUUCCCAUGGAAACCCUCUCAUCCGAGGAGAGCUGCGAUAGUUUUGACUCACUGGAGUCAGGGAAACAGCAGGAUGUGCGCUUCCGUUCCCCGUACUUCACAGAAGAGCUGAGGAGAAUUUUUAUAGAGGACACCGACUCGGAGACAGAGGACUUUGAGGGGUUUACACAGAGCGACCUGGGUGUAAACAGUAGCCCAGAAGGAAAGCUCAAGGGGUCCGAUUUGAGCGACGAUGGUAGUGAGGCAUCAGCGAGUGAGGAGGAGGGAGAUGACGAAGAAGAAAAGGCCACGCCCAGAAGAAGCAGGCCUAGGAGCAGUAUUGGUCUCCGCGUAGCCUUGCAGUUCCCCAAGAAACUGGCCAGAACAGCCGACGAGAAGAAUUCUGCUGAGCCGUUGUUUUCCAGCUCUUGCUCACAGGACAGUACAAAAGCCAUUCUCCGGAGAAAGAAAAGCAACAGAGAAGGGAAGGAAAGGGAAGAUUCGGCCUCAGAGCCCGAGGACGACUCCAGGGACGAGGAGAGCUCGGACGCGCUGCUGAAAAGGACCAUGAACAUCAAGGAGAACAAGGCCAUGCUUGCUCAGUUAUUGGCGGAAUUGAACUCGGUGCCUGAUUUCUUCCCAGUGCGAACCCCAAGCUCGGCUUCCAAGAAGAAAACCGUGAGGCGGGCCUUCUCGGAGGGGCAGGUCCCCAGGCGCACAAACCCCACCCGGAGCGCGCGGCCGCCUGAGAAGUUCGCCCUGGAGAAGUUCACCAUCUCCGCCGCCCAGUUUGCAGAAGAGUUUUACCGCUUCAGGAGAAGGAAGACAAUUAGUGGGGGGAGGUGCCAGGGCUAUCGACGGCGGCAUCGCGCAUCUUCCUUUCGGCCCGUGGAGGACAUCACUGAAGAGGACUUGGAAAAUGUCGCCAUAACUGUCCGAGAUAAAAUCUAUGAUAAAGUUCUGGGUAACACGUGCCAUCAGUGUCGGCAGAAGACCAUCGACACCAAGACAGUGUGUCGGAACCGGAGCUGCGGCGGCGUGCGGGGGCAGUUUUGUGGGCCAUGCCUGCGGAAUCGCUACGGGGAGGACGUGAGGUCGGCGCUGCUGGACCCGGGCUGGAUGUGCCCUCCCUGCCGGGGGAUCUGCAACUGCAGUUACUGUCGGAGGCGCGAUGGCCGCUGUGCCACAGGGAUCCUCAUUCAUCUGGCCAAGUUUUACGGUUAUAACAACGUCAAGGAGUAUCUGGAGAGCUUACAAAAGCAGCUGGUAGAAGAUAAUUAGGAGGAGGAAGAACCACCAGCCAGCUCACCUUGGUGUAUUCCAGCAAGACAUGCCCUAUGUACCAUUUGUGCCUAUGAUGUCUUACAGUUGUGUUUUUAUAAAGAAAUUCUUUGUAGAUCUAAAUACUACUUUUUGUUAAGAUUGUUUAUAUGCUUACAAAGAUAUCUCAGGAAGACAGCUAAGCACCUUGAGGAAUCUUAUAUACACAGGUGAUUAGAAAGCAGUUACAGUGCAGGUAAGUUCCAGAGAAAACAUUGUAUAAGGAGCUCUUGCCUUAGACAUUGUUUACAGAUACUGCCUUGACCUUUUACCUCCCAGUUAGUAACUCUAGGCCAAGUUGUUACAGCACCUUUAGUUUACCUUAUCCUGACCAAUCGUUCAAACCACCUAGUGUAACCUGCUCUGGGUGAUUGGAAAUUUCUAUUGCAGAAUGUUCCCCUAAAUUACAAAGUGCAAUUAACCGCAGAUGUGAGUACUAGAGCUUUCUGUUUUAUUAAAACUUGAAUGAACAAAAAGUGGACUGCCACGUUACCAACACUGGAGGCCUCGUAGCGUCCGCCUCUUCAUUCAGGAUUGCCUGCUGCCAGUUGCUUCUAUAUUUUAAAAGAAUGUAAGAGCUAAUUUUUAAUUUAAAAAAGAUUUUGUUUACUUAUCUUACAAGAACUAAAAUCCCACUUACCAGGAGUCUUCCAACCCCUUUUGUUUUUGAGGUGGUAUUUUCACUGGGAGCUUCCUGAAAAUGGGAGAGACACUGUUCUGGGGAAAGCUAAAAGUUCAUGAACACGUUCUGACUAGGUUUCCAGUAAUUCUUCCUACGUUUGCCUCUUUCUCUUCCCCACUUUUUAAGGAUGGUGUUUAAGAAAAGUUAAUACACAGUUAAAAGUUAUAGACGCUGGAAUGUUUUAUGCCUCUCAGUAGAAUAAAUGUGCAGGAGAACAGCGCAAUGACAAUGAAAAAUCCUCACUGUUCGCCAGGCCUGGAGGAGUGAGGUCCCAUCUACGCCUCCAGCAGCAGAGCCACGCCUGCCAGCACCCACUUGGCCGUCUUCUCUUUGCUCCUCAACCUGAAGGUCCAGAUGUAGUGGGGGCCCCUCAUUUUGGUUUUGUACACAGGGCACUCAUAGGUGUGUUUGGUUUCCUGUCUGUCCGUGGGUAUGGCUUUUGCAAAGAUGACUGGCAUCGCCGAUGUCAGCUCCUUGAGGCGGGCUUCCGCAAUGGUUCCGGACUGGACGUCCCAUCUGGCACCUGCAGCAAAGAGAACGCAGGGUGGGACGUGUUGGGCCGCGUCUUGUCAUGGUUGCAGGCAAUAAACGUUCCGGUUUUGUCACG